CGUUACUUUCAAAAGGUAGUUCGAGAAACGAAACGAAAUGGAAAACGACACACCCAGUUUUUUGCCGGCUAUAUAAACCCGUCUGAAGGUGAACGAAGGCAUCAGUCGUUCAACUCUUCAACAGUAGUCAACAUGAAACUAUUCAUCAUCGCCGUUUUCUUGGCUGUUGCUGCCGCUGCUCCUUCCAGCUACAAGCCGGAAUACAAAGCUCCUAGCUACCCUGCUCCUAGUUAUCCUACCCCAAGCUACCCCGCUCCAGCCUACCCAGCACCAAGCUACAACAAGGAUAACAAAUACGCUGACAUCACCGUCACCAGCCAAUCUGAUGAGCGCAAUCUCGAUGGCAGCAGCCAAUGGAGCUACGCCCAGUCUGACUACACUACUCGCGAAGAGUCUCAGGUCCAGAAGAAGAUGCAAGGAGUCACCUACGAUUCCUACGGAAAAGAAUCGUACGGUGAAGUCCUAGGCAACACCAACAAGGGAUCCUCUUACUGGGUUUCCCCUGAAGGCCAGAAAUUCACUUUGACCUGGGUGGCUGAUGAAGCUGGAUUCCAGCCCAAAGGUGACCACUUGCCCGUCGCUCCCGUCCACGUCUACGAGCUCCCAGUUGCUCCCGUCCACGAAUACGAGCUUCCAGUCGCCCCUGCUCUUCCUUAUUCGCGCACUGGACCAGGCUAUUAAGAAAUAAUGAUUUUGUGAUUGAAAUAUGUAUGAGAUAAACCGUGCAAGUCUAACUUAUUGAUUUAAAAUAAACGCAAGUUAUGUCUUA